AAUCUGACUUUUCAGACAGAAAACGGGCGCGAAAGCUUCGUCACGCAAGUGCGAUCUUCUGAUUGGCUCACAAUUUCGGUCAUACCAACAUAAAAACUGCCUAUCACAUUUUGGCAAUGUUGUCAAAAUUAUUACCAGUUGUACUAGGCAAGUAAAUAUUUCGCGUUGUGGAAGUAAUUUAUUUUUCUUUAAUGGUUCGUUAUACGAGGACGAUGUUAUAUUAUUUAGAACAAUAGUUGAAAUAAUAUACUUUGUGCUGAAACUGUGUAUAGUCAUCAGUAAUGUAUUGCAAGAGAUAAUAAAGUAUCUGUAAUGAUUUCGCAAAUGUUCUCGGAGUCGAGAAAUGGAGAGACAGCAGUGUAAUUCACUUCAAAACUUUGAUGAGCCCAAAACAGAAAUAUUGAAAAAAAGAUUAUUAAAAACAAGCAGCAGCGCAAAUUUUCCGCAAAACGCGUCACAGCAUAAUGUUCUAUUGAAUACUUUACGUGCGCCAAUAUCGAGCAGCAUGAUCGUGUCCUCAGUGCAGGCGCCCCAGAGCUCCAUGCCAAUCACACACAAUUUAGUCACCCACUCUAUUGCCCCUGUGAAAAUACACACAAACAACUCUCCUUACCCAUUGCAACUGUCAACUGUUCAUGUGCCAGUCCAGAUCCCCGGCUCCACCUCCAACAUCAAUGUGCCCGUGCAGUUGUCAGGUCCCACCAGCAGUGUCCCCUUGCAGAUUGCUCCCGUGAGCCUUCCUAUCCAAGUGUCAGGAACCACCAGUGUGCCGGUCCAACUGUCUGCCGGAGAUACUAUAAAUGUUCCUCUCCAAAUACCAGCAGCCAACCAAAAUAUUCAGAUCGCUACUCCAGCUCUGCCCUCUAUGCCUUUGCUGCAAAAUACCAGUCAAUCCAUCCACAGUUCUAUAAUUCACGUACACAUGGGGUCUAAUCCGAGGCCUGCUAACUUAGAUGGGGGUUCAGAUAUGACCGUGUCGAGUACUUCACAACUACAAAUGGCAGAUUCAUCUGGUGUACAUGUCAAAACAUCAGUUUCUCAAGUUCACAUGACCUCAAACUCUGUGAUGCAGAUACCGAGUUCAAAUAAUAAUAUACAGUUGGCGCUUCCUAACAAUGGUGGGUCGGGUACUGUGCAGCUGCGAGGUGCCACUAGAACAGUGCCGCACAUGGUGUACAUCCAGACACCAACUGGACUGAAGCCAGUCACCAGUGGAGAAGUUAUAAGCCAAGCUAGCACCAGUGGAAACCCUCCGCAAAUAAUAGUGAGGAGACCUGUAACCAAUAACUCAAAUAUUCACCUCAUAUCAAAUGUCACCAACAAACCCAACAUUGCUCCUAAAGUCCAAAACAAGUCUUCAAUACUGGCACCAGUGAAUGCCUCACAGCCUAUUGUCAUCCAGAAGCCCAAGCCUAACGAAAAAAUGAUGGUUCCCGUGAGCAUCGCGCCAGGCACACAAGGCAAACAAGCCAUAGCUUAUCUUGGUUCUGUGAAAAAGGCCACAUCCAAAAACUUAUCUGAUAACCAAUCAAUACUUAUAUCCAAUAAUCAACAAAAUGUGACUGCAAACAAUCAGAAACUAUUCUUGACACCUAUGAAUAUGCCUAAAAUUCAAAAUACCAAAUUUAUUUUACCUGUGACCUUGCCUGCCACUAUGGCAUCUAAAGGCCCUAUAAUAAAUCUGCAAAUAGCUAAUGGUCAAAUUCAGAAUGAUCCUCAAGGCAACAUCACUGUUAUGAGAGACACACCUCCUAUAGAAACUGCGGAGAUGCCACCAUUGCAACCGUUGGCAAAAGUUGCUAAUAUGAAUGGAAAAGACAACAAUACUGUGCCACAGAGUCCAAAAAGUGAUAAACCAUUUGCAUUUUCGAUAUCGGGAUCCAGAGCAGAACCGACUGGUGAACAAGGGGAAUACACACUUUCUAUACCGGAGACAAAUGCUUCCAUGAAUGAUGACAUCUACACAGUUUCCAUUGCUGAUGAUGAGGGUGGUCAGAGCCGAGAGAAGUCGUUUACUUUAGCAAUACCAGAGAAAAGUAAAAGUUUGCUGAACAAAAAUGUAAUUGACCGAAAUGAAAUGGGACCUAUUCCUAUUGCUGCUCCAGCCAUAUUGAGACGGUCGAAUUCUGAUAACAGUGAGAGGAAAUCUGUCAAUGCCAACCUCAAGCGCCGCAUUUCAUUGUGCACUGAUAAUUUCUCAAAUAAAAAUUUUAAGAUGUCUUUGGCUCAACAAAGAGCGAUGGAAAUGCUCUCUGAUCCACACGAUUCAGAUAAUAAUGACGACCAUCGUGUUCCGUCCUUGUUUUGUGAUGAGAAACUCGAAGAAGCUAAAGUCAACAUGGGUGACUCGGAUAAUGAGGAUAUGAAAGCAGAUGAACUGGAGAAAAAUAGUGACAAUAUGUAUUAUAAUAAUGAUUUUAUUAAGAAAUUAGAAAGGAACAACUUGGAAAGUGCAUCUGAGGAAGAUCCUCCUGGUUUGAUCUGGAACAAUGGAAUAGCCAUCCUACAAGGCAGUAAUUUGCAGUUCCAAACAAAUGAGUUUGGAUUGAUCGAUCUCGUCAACGUUGGCGAAAAUGAGGAGUCAUUGCCAUUGCCAAAUCCUAAAUAUCAUACACCUCUGAAGCAGCGCAUGGAACAAAACAGUAGAGAUAAAAAACCUACAUCUCCCGAAGACAUGUAUCGCUGCGACGGCUGCGGGUGCCACGGCAUGGCCGCGGAGUUUAUAACUCCCAAUUUCUGCAGUUUGACGUGCCAGAGUGAUGUUCAAAAGGCUAUUCAGAAAAAGAAAGACAGGGAGCGUAUCGAAUUGCUCAAAAAGCGGAAUAAAAUGAGGAAAUUAUUACUGCGGAAGCAAGGGUCGGAUUCCGAAAUAUUGCUGGACAAUAAAGAAGAAAAGUUGUCGUUGAAACAAUUCGAUUCGUCUCCUCCGGAGGGCUUGGGCGACAUGGCGCUGCUGAAGAUGGGCGAGGACUCGCUCGAGAACGAGAAGUACCCGUGGAUGUGCGGAAAGAACGGUUUUUCGUGGAUGCGGUACUUGGAAGUUUGCAAGGCGAAGGCGGCGCCCGUCAAGCUGUUCAAGGACCCGUUCCCGUACAACCGCAACGGGUUCAGGGUCGGCAUGCGCAUGGAGGCCAUCGAUCCGCAGCACCCCUCGAUGUUCUGCGUGGCUUCCGUGGCGGAGGUGCAGGGCUACCGCAUGCGGAUCCACUUCGACGGGUAUCCGGACGCGUACGACUUCUGGGCCAACGCGGACAGCCCGGACGUGUUCCCGCCGGGCUUCUGCGAGCGUAACGCGCGCACGCUGCGCCCGCCGCCCGGACACACCGUGCCCGGUUUCUCUUGGCCGCUGUACCUCAAGACGGUGCGUGCCAUCGCCGCGCCCAAGCACCUGUUUUCGCAUGCCACCUCUUCGGGUUUCAAACCGAACUGCUUCCGCGUGGGCAUGAAGCUGGAAGCCGAGGACCGUAAGAACGAGCUGGUGUGCGUUGCCAGCGUGGCAGACGUGCUGGACGGCCGCCUGCUCGUGACCUUCGACAGCUGGGACGCCAUGUACGACUACUGGGUGGAGCCCAGCUCGCCCUACAUCCACCCCGUGGGCUGGGCUGAGGAGAACGGCGUGUCGCUCACGCCGCCCAACUUUUACAAAGACCCGGACGCAUUCUCGUGGGCGAACUACUUGUCGGAGACGGGCACGACGGUGGCGCCCCCGCGCGCCUUCAAGCCGCGCCCGCCGCAUGGCUUCAAGCCCGGGAUGAAGCUGGAGGUGGUCGAUCCUAGGGUGCCAUUCCUGAUCCGCGUGGCGAGCGUUUACGAAGUGAAGGGGCACCAGCUGAGGAUCGCGUUCGACGGUUGGCCGCGCGAGCACGACUGCUGGAUGGAAGACGACUCGCCCGACAUACACCCCAUCGGCUGGUGCCUCAAGACUGGACAUCCUUUGGAACCACCGCUGACGGCCGAGGAGCUACGCGUGGUAGGCGCUUGCGGCGUGGGCGGCUGCCGCGGGCUGGGCUCCUCCUCCGGGGGCGCGCACAAACAGCACAGCAGCGCCUCCACGUGCCCCUACCGCGUGCGCGGGCCGCUGCCCGACCGCCUGGCGCCGCCCGGGCCCGCUGCCGGCGUGCUGCCGCGCUCGCGCCGGUAUGUACACACGCCACAAGCGGCACAGCAGCGCCCCACGUGCCCCUACCGCGUGCGCGGGCCGCUGCCCGACCGCCUGGCGCCGCCCGGGCCCGCUGCCGGCGUGCUGCCGCGCUCGCGCCGGUAUGUACACACGCCACAAGCGGCACAGCAGCGCCCCACGUGCCCCUACCGCGUGCGCGGGCCGCUGCCCGACCGCCUGGCGCCGCCCGGGCCCGCUGCCGGCGUGCUGCCGCGCUCGCGCCGGUAUGUACACACGCCACAAGCGGCACAGCAGCGCCCCACGUGCCCCUACCGCGUGCGCGGGCCGCUGCCCGACCGCCUGGCGCCGCCCGGGCCCGCUGCCGGCGUGCUGCCGCGCUCGCGCCGGUAUGUACACACGCCACAAGCGGCACAGCAGCGCUCCACGUGCCCCUACCGCGUGCGCGGGCCGCUGCCCGACCGCCUGGCGCCGCCCGGGCCCGCUGCCGGCGUGCUGCCGCGCUCGCGCCGGGUACCCAGUAAAGGAUCGAAGUCGAUUCAAACAAGUACUCCAACCAGCGAUUCUGCUAAAGACAAGGACACUAGUUCAGUGAAGAGCAGAGCAACCAAACACAAACAUACUGAAGAGGCUAAAAAUGAUGGGGUAUCUGAAGACGAUUCGGAGAUCAGCGUCGGCGGCAAGAGGUGGCGCGACAGCGACGGCUCCGUACGCGACGAGCGGGACAUGGGCGACGACCGGGACAGCAAGGACCGGGACAGCAAGGACCGGGAGAGCAAGGAGCGGGACAGCAAGGAGCGGGACAGCAAGGCGUGGGACGCCAAGCAGCGGGACACGCCCAACGAGCGUGCCUUGCCGCGGGCGCAUCUCGAGAAACAUAUCUCGGAGCUCGCUCUGUCCAAUGAUCCUACCACUUGGAAUGAGUCGGACGUGUCGGCGCUGCUGGCGCGCGUGGGCGGCGCGAGCGCGGGCGCGGCGGCGGCGGCGGCGCGGCUGCGCGGCGCGGAGCUGGUGAUGGCGUCGCGCGCCGAGCUCGUGUCCUGUCUGCGCCUGCGCCUCGGGCCCGCGGUCAAGGUAUGUGUUCUGUAG